AUGAGUUCUGGAAUCAAAAUAUUGCUUGACCCGAUCGAGAAGGCUGCAACCAACUCCAAUAAGGAUGAAGACGCAGUCGAUAUCGUGGCAAUCCAUGGAAUCGGAGCAGACCCAGAUAACACGUGGACUGGGAGAGGUCUGGACGAGGAAAAGAUCAACUGGCUCACUCAUUCCAGCAUGCUUCCCAAGGCGGUCCCUAACGCUCGGAUUAUGCGUUUUGGCUAUGAGUCUGGCUGGUAUGGUACAGCGAAGGACCAGCCUAAACAGACAUACAUUUCUGACGUAGCCGAAAUGCUGCUCAAGCAGUUGGAACUCCAUCGUCGCGAUACGACCCGCCCGAUCAUAUUCAUUGCGCAUAGCUAUGGCGGCCUUGUGCUUAUGCAAGCUCUUCGGAGCUCCUUCGAGAAUUCUAACAAGUGGUCAAAUUUCUUUCGACGUACGGCUGGCCUCAUAUUCUUUGGAACGCCAUUCCGAGGACGCCGCGGUCUCUCGCUGGACCAAAUAGUCAAGGCUGUUGCACAGUAUAACCCGGAUUUUGAGAUCUACCCAGAAACUAUGGCUCUCUCCGUUGAGGCGAAUCCAUACCUGCAACACAUUGUGGAUCGAUACACGGAAACCCGUCGUGGGCAACAUCCUAUACCGCUGUGGUGCUUUUACGAGACUAAGCCAAGUCCAAUAAGCAAAACGCUGCGGAAUAAUGACUUGAAGGAUGGCUACCUCGUACCAAAAGAAUCAGCAUGCUUGGACAUCUCGAAAGGAAUAGAGAGGCAUCCUCUGGAACGGCAUCACUAUAAUCUCCAGCAAUUUCCUGGCCCUUCGGACCCUGGAUAUCAAGCUGUCGAGGACGCUAUUGUGCGCCUAGUCAAGGAUGCAAAGAAGUAUCUCAGGGAGUCUUCUGUUGGCUCAAAGCAAAGCCACUUAAUGGUGCCAUUCGGCCGCAAUGAGACCUUCGUGGGCCGCAACGCCAUCCUAGAUGCUCUUGUAGAACGUCUCACACCUGAUACGCACCCGCACGACUGCCAGCGAACCGCCCUUGAGGGCCUCGGAGGCGUUGGUAAAACCCAGAUCGCGCUCGAGGCAGCUUAUCGCAUGCAUGUAGCCAACCCGGACUGCUCUGUCUUCUGGGUACCGGCUAUUGAUUCCACAUCUUUCUACAAGGCUUACCACGAUAUCGGCCAGGUCCUCGGCGCAAAGGGGCUCGACGAUAAGGACGCUGACGUACGCGCACUAGUGCACGUUGAGCUGGCACGAGAAGAUGCAGGGCCGUGGCUGUGGAUCGUUGAUAAUGCUGAUGACCCGGAACUGCUGUUUGGAAAGCAAGGGAUUCUGAAGCUCCCUUUUAACCGGAAUGGCUCGAUUCUCAUCACAACACGGAACCACGACGUGGCCAUGCAACUCGAUAUCCAGUGGCCACAUCUUUGGAUCGUGGGGGCCAUGUAUAGAGCCGAAUCAAGUGAGCUUCUUAGCCAGGGCUUGGGCAAGAACCAGGUACAGGAUACCACAAGCACAGAUGCCCUACUGGACUUUCUCACCGAUCUUCCCCUGGCAGUCAAGCAAGCGUCUGCCUAUAUGGCCAAAACUCGUGUGUCGACAACUCGAUAUCUUGCACACUGCGAGUCUAGCGACGAGACUCUAAUCAAGCUCCUUAGCAAAGACUUUGGUGAUCGUAGCCGGUACGAUGCGGCGCAGAACCCGGUUGCAACCACGUGGCUGAUCUCCUUUGAGCAUAUCAAGCGGGAUACACCAUUGGCAGCAGACUACCUCCGGUUCAUCAGCUUUCUUUCAAUGAAGAAUAUCCCAAGAUCGCUGCUUCCAGGCGAGGACGAGCUAGAAACAGACGACGCCCUUGGCACGCUCAAAUCAUACGCUUUUAUCGACGAACGCAUCGAUGCCAGCCGGUUCGACAUUCACCGCCUGGUCCAGCUAGCGAUGAGGAACCAGUUGGCGAAAGAUGGAGAGCAGGUGGCGUGGCGUACCAGGGUGAUGAAGCGGGUCGAUGAGAUCUAUCUUCAUCCUAAGCACGAGAACAAGAAGGUGUGGAUAGACUACCUCCCACAUGCGCAGGCUGUGCUUGAGAUCUGUGCAGAGGCUACAGAUGAAAGUACGGAAAGCCAUCUUCUAUCCAAAGUAGGAGAGAGCUCAUCCCUCCUUGGCGAAUAUGCAGCAGCUGAGACGAUGCAUCGCAAAGCAUACAAACUCAGCAAGAAGCUACAGGGCAUCAGUCACCCGGAUACACUGGCCACUAUCAACGAUAUAGCAGAAGCUUUGUACCAUCAGGGCCAAUACCCGGAGGCUACCAUAAUGCAUCGCAAGACGCUGGAGUUAAGGACCGAGAUACUUGGCGCUGAGCAUUUAGAUACACUUGUCAGCAUGGGCAACCUGGCACAGGUGCUAUUCAAGGAAGCUCGAUACACAGAGGCUCAAACACUAUCAGAGGAGGCCCUUAAAAUGAGGACCAAGAUCUUGGGUGCCGAUGAUCCAGAGACACUCAGGAGCAUGAACAACCUCGCGCUCAUACUGGGCAGGCAGGGCCGAUACAAAGACGCUGAAGCAAUGCUCCGUCGGGCGUUUGAGCUCAGGACCAGGGUGCUGGGUGCCGAACAUCCAGACACGCUUGUGAGCAUGAACGACCUCGCCAGUACGCUGGCCGCGCAGGGCCGCUUCCAGGAGGCGCAGGAGAUACACGAGAGGGAGUUCGAGCUGAGCACCAAGGUGCUGGGCGCCGAGCACCCCGACACUGUCAUCAGCAUGAACAACGUCGCCAUGUCACUGGCCGCACAAGGCAGGUGGCUGGAGGCCGAAGCCAUGCUCCGCCGGACGCUGGACCUGAGGGUCAAGGUUGCGCCUGAGCACCCCGACACCCUAGUGGCCAUGAGUAAUGUCGGACGCUCGCUCAACGGUCAGUGCCGGGACGCGGAGGCCGAGGCGAUACAUCGUAGGACGCACGAGCUCAGAACCAAGGUGUUAGGUGCCGACCAUCCUGACACGAUUGUCAGCCUGAGAAACAUCGCGAUGUCGCUGGCCGCGCAGGAUAAAUGGCAAGAGGCUGAAGUGAUGUAUCGCACGACGCUCGCUCUAAGGGUCAAAGUACUGGGCGCCGAUCAUCCAGAAACACGCGAUAGUGAACAGGAUCUCACGAAUAUGCUCCAGAAAAUCAGCCCGGCUAAAAUACCACCCCCUUCCUGCUAA